GAGGAAUUGCUAGGGAGGGCGUGUUAACAUGUGGUUUGAUAUCAAUCUGCCAAUAAAUACUAAAAUUAGUGUGGUGGAUGAUUGGUGUAGAUGGAUUGUGAAUCAAAUUGUUUUGCACAUACUUGUUUUGCAUUCGAAGACGUUGACGGAGUUGUCUUGAUCGGCGAUCGUGAUUUUGAGGACGUAGAUCCCAUUAACGAGGCGAUAAACCACGCGAUACUGGCUCUCCACGACGACAAUAAGCUGGCCGCUUGAGGCGGCGAGAGGGUCGUCGCGGAAGGAAGAGAGGGAAUCAGACGAUACAAAAGAGGCGUAGUCAUCAGGGGAGGAGGAGCGGUUGUGGUGGUUGGCGGCAGGGUGUUUGGUGGCGGCGAGUCUGGCGAGUUAUGGCUAAUAAUUUGUAUUUCGAUAAUUGUGACUAUAAUUCCCCGCUGCUUAAUAGUUAUGACUAAUAUAUUGUAUUUACCAUAUUAUAAAUAUUAGUUAACUUGUCUAAUUGUUAGUCAAGUAAUUGCUUUUGGGACUAACCCACAACCCAACCGCAUCUAUUCACCACCUAUUCAACACAGUCCAAAGAAAAAUGUGGAUGUAUAGCGAGAGUUACAAUUGAAUCAACUCGUUAAUAAGUGGAUGAUUCAAUUUGAAAUCGAAACUCAUCCAACCCACCCAUUAUUGUCCAUCCCUUAACAGUGAUGCGUCCAGGAAUUUGACCGAGGAGAGUUGAAUUGAACCGUGAUAAUUGAGCGAGGGGGCUAAGGUCUUAUCAACUACUCUAUUUUCUAAAUUUGUUACGAAUUUCACAUAUAAUUUUAGUUAUAUUCUCAAUUUGAGUGAGACUAUAUCCCUUCUAAUUUCAACCCAACUUCUCCACUGUGCACUUAAUAUAACUACAUAGUACUAAUUUAAUAAAGCUUUAUUUGUAGCAUAUCUAAUUAUCUACAUCAUUUAGUAUGAAAUUCGUAACUAUUAUGUACAUGAAAAAUCAUUAGAUCAGUUACAAACUCAAUUAUAACUUAUUCGAUUUUCAAGCACAAAAACAUGUCGAAUCUCUCACGACAAAAAAAAAACUCCUACCACAUUCAUUAAAAAAUAUGUUGAGAGUUUUUUUUUUUAGGGAAAAAAAUAUGUUGAGAGUUACAAACCUAACCUUCAUAAUAAGAAUUUAAAGAAAAUAGAUGGGAAACUCUUCUUUUAAUGAACAAAAUGGGCACUCAAUUAGCCUCUACAUUGGCAAUAUGCACCAUCCUUUUCACAAUCACCACAUUGACACCGCCGGGAAGCUCCAGCCCGCCGGAGCCACCCGUGAAAUGCACGUCCCACAACACCAACUGCACCGUCACCAACUCCUACGGCAACUUCACAUCGGACCGGUCCAUCUGCCGGGCCGGUUCGGUCGCCUACCCGGCCACGGAGGCCGAGCUGAUCUCCGUCGUGGCAAACGGCACGCGAGCCCGGCGCAAGAUGAAAGUGACCACCCGGUUCUCCCACAGCAUGCCCAAGCUGGUCUGCCCGGACGGGACCGACGGGCUGCUCAUCAGCACGAAGAAGCUCGACCGGAUCCUCGAGAUCGACCCGGUCGGCCUGACCGCCACGGUCCAGAGCGGGGUCCUGACCGGGCAGCUCUACGACGCGCUGGCCCGGGCCGGGCUGGCGCUGGCCCACACGCCGUACUUGAGGGCGCUGACCGUUGGCGGGAUGAUUAGCACGCACGCGCACGGGAGCACGUUUAUGGCGAAAGGUGGCGCGCCCAGUGAUUAUGUCGUGGGCGUGACGAUUGUUAGCCCCGGGAAGAAGGGAGAGGGUUACGUUAAGGUGAGGCAGUUGACGGAGGAAGACGAGGAGCUUGAUGCUGCCAGGGUUUCCCUUGGAGUUCUUGGAGUUAUUAGUAAGAUAACUCUAAAAGUGGAGCCGUUGUUCAAGCGUUCAAUCAGCUUCCGCAAGAGAAGCGACACAGACCUGGCGCACCGGGCAAUUUCGUUUGGUCGGAAACACGAGUUCGCCGACAUAUCGUGGUACCCCUAUCAACACAGAGCAGUUUACCGGAACGACGAUCGGGCUCCUCUCCAAGUGCCCGGCGAUGGCGCGUACGACUUCUUCCCCAUGCGCAGGGCCCUUUCGUCUUCUUCAAUUUCUAGCAGAGCUACGGAGGAGAAGAUCGAGGCCAAGGAGGAUGCUGCAAAGAGGUGCGCCCUUGCAAAGGACGUCCUCCCCUUGUAUUACAACUCCGCCUAUGGAUUCACCAACAACGGUGCGUAUUGUCGAGAAUCAGUUGAUUGCUUGUUUCUUUUAAUGAAAUUUAAUUUAUGAAUUUGAACUUUGUACAAGUCGGUUAUAUCAUAUAUUUUGUUUUAAGUUAAUAUUUUGGGUCGUGAAGAUUUGAACAUGUAAAUUCAAGCAUAUAAUCGUUCUUAUACUAUUUAUAAAGUGUUAAUACCUUAUUUUGGCCCGAACUAUGAUCAUAUAAUUAACUUUGGCACGUGGUUUCAGAAAUUAACAUCCUAGCCUCAACUAUGCAGUAUAUAGGCUAAAUUAGCCCGACACAUGCUUUGACCGUCAAUUUGGACGGUCAACACCAUUGACCGUUAGUCAACAUGCCAUGUCAUUGCCUAGUCAGCCUAAAAAUCAUUUAAAAAUUAAAAUUAAAAUUAUUUUUCUAAUUAUUAUUAUUUAUCAUUUUGAAAUUAACCAAAAAUUAAAAUUCAAAAAAUAUAUAAUAAAUUUUAUGUUUUAUC